GACAGCUCGAACAAACACAACACACACACACGCAGGAAACUAUCAAAACAAAACCGGUCGAAAUAAACGAGGCGGAUUCUUUUAGCGAAUAAUUUAUUGGAAAACGUGCUUUAAAGUUUUCUUUUAGUAUAUUUCUACGUGUGAACACCUAACACAAUGAGCAGCUUGAUCGGUAGUCUGGUUCCGUUGUUCAGGCGCAGCUUCAUACAGCUGACCGCCACACGAACUUAUGCAACACCAAAGGCCGGUGGUGCCCUGGGUGGAUCAAAAAAGAAGAAGCUCGGCAAGCUUGGCCCAACGGUCGAGAAGAAGGUGAUACCGGUAGAAACAGACACAACCCGGCUGGUAAGCUAUGUGUGCGGCAGUAACGUGUUGAAGCAGGGCGAGGACGUUAAAAUACAACCCGACUCGGAGUAUCCCGAAUGGUUGUGGAAGAUGCACGUCGGUGCGCCACUGACGCUCGAAGAAAUGGACCCCAACACGAAAGCGUACUGGCGAAAGCUAAGGCGAAUGGCGUUACAGCGCAACAAUAAGCUGGCAAAGUUGAAAAAGUUCUAGUGCGGUGCGCCACCAGAAUGUGUUCGCUUUAAACAACAUGCAAUUAUUACCCAUAUUCGUAGCCGGGGUAGAGCUAAAUAAAUCGUUAUAGUUGUACAUUGAAA